AUGGCUGAAGUCCAGGCUAGAUCCCAGACGGCGGCAUCCGCGCGCGGUAGAGGUGGUGGCCGAGGCGGCAGAGGUGGCUUCGCCGCCCGUGGUGGUGCUAACAGACGAGCCAACGGCGACAAGUCCACAGCUGCAGACGCCCCCGCUGCCUCCGACGACGACGACGGCGACGUCGGCCAGCUGCGCAAGCAGUUCGGCGACAAGCUAGAUCUCAUCAAGGAACUCUUCCCGGACUGGUCUGAUGCCGACAUUCUCUACGCCCUCAAGGAAACCGAUGGUGACGUUGAAGUCGCUGCUACGCGCAUCGCUGAUGGCACAAUCUCUCAAUGGGGCGAGGUAUCGAAGCCCAAGAAAACCACUGCCCGUCCUAAGGCGAAAGACUCGGCUCCCUCCACUGGCCUCACUGAAUCGUCCGGUAACAGCAGACCCGUGCGUGGAGGUCGUGUAGAAGGUGCUCGGGGUGGCCGUGGUCGCGGCAGUGAGAGGGCUCGUGGAGCGGGCAGAGGCCGGGCGACCUCCCUGACCCCGACGAAUGGCCAUCAAUCCAAGCAGCAGCCGCUUUCUGUCCCUACUGAUGAGUCCACUGGCUGGGGCACUACGAACGCAACCGAGGAGACCGGCGCGAACGACUGGAGCAAUUCUGCUUGGGCUGCCGACUCGACUACUGAAACUGCCACUACUCCCACCCCCGCUGCUGCCACUACUGAAGGCUCUGCCAAAUCUACCGUCAUUCCUCAAGGCACUGGCAAGACUUGGGCCAGCAUGCUCAGGCAGUCCACCGCUCCGAAAGUAGCACCGAAGCCCCAAGAAGCACCCGCCCCGAUGCCUUCCGAAGCUCUGGAACCCCUCCCGCCUGCUGAGCCUGUUGCGCCUGAACUUGACGUGCCAGUUGAGGAGACAGCUGAGGAACCCGUCGAGUUGCCGGCCGCCGUCGAGACCCCGAAGGUAGUCGAGCCCGACACUACCAUACCCCCGUCCGAAGACGACUUGACCAAGUUGAACCUUGAACAGCUUCCCGACGAGUCCAACCCUCCCGCAACUGCCACCGCAGCCAGCACUGCUGCCGAUUCGUGGGACCCUCGCCAACAACAGCAGCAAAGCGCUACAGCCACACCGUUGUCAGCUGCACAGGCUCAACACCAGACUUCCCGCCCCACUACCAGCGGCUACGCGGCGACCGCUUUGAAAGCCACUGAUCGCCCGGCUACUCGAAUGCCUAGUUACCAGCGACGCUUGCUGGAGCAAGAGGAAGCUGUACGGAUGCCCGGAAACCGGGAGGUGGAUCGUGCUGCCGUACAAUUCGGCGCUUUCAGCCUCAACGGUACCGAGGACGACAUUGACGGUGAUCGCGAAGACCCAGAGACACGAACUCAACCUCCCCCAGAGUCGCCAGUUGCAGUUCCCCGUGCCUCUCUUCCGCCCGUGUCACAGCCUGCGCAUCCUGCACAGGUUUCUGAUGCAUUCUCCGCUCAGAAGCCAAACACUUCGUUGUCUCAGGCGCCUGGCACAGCUGGUACAAUCCCCUCUCACUUUUACCAGGUUGACAACCCGACUAAUGGUGUCCUAGCAACAGCUGUAGCACCUCCCACGGGUCCCGCCGCCGCGACUGUUCAGCCGCCCCAAGCGCCCCAGCAAUACGGACGGUUCCCUCAGGCGAGCACACAGGAGCCUGCCGGUUUCCCGCAGAAAUCUUACGACAGUUUCGGCCAGCAGACCGCAACAACCUCGGCCGGAAGCUUUGACAACUUCACCGCUCCUACCACCCAGCCAUCUGGUCCUCAAAGCAGCAGCGCAUUCAGCUCUGCCCCUAACGAAUACUCGACUUACUCUGCGUAUAACAACCCACAGAGUCGCAACGCCUAUGACAACUACUACGGACAGCAAUACGGCCAGCAGCAAGCUGGACAGGGUCACCACGAUACACCGAACGCCCACAACCGUGGGUUUGGUGGCUACAAUGCCUCUCAGAAUGAGAACCUCAGCCAGUAUCCGCAGAGCGGUGCCCAGCCGUCUCGAUACCAAGCUGUCCCCUCUGCUGAUGCCCACAACAGCGGACACAACACGCCAAACCCCGUCGGCCAGGCCCAGCCGCAAAGCUCUGCGCAAACCAACCAGUCCCAAUCCAAUCUCCACCAGCAGCAGCCGCCUGCUAACGCAUACCCCUAUGGUCAUCCAUACUACUCGAGCCCCUACUAUUCUCAAUACAUGAACUACAGCGGAGGAUAUGGGCAGGGUGGAUACGGCGGCGGCGGCGGCGGUGGCGGCGGCCCUUACGGUAAGGGGGGCGGCUAUGUGCAGCCCCAAUAUGGCAUGACACCUCAAGGUCCUUUUGACCACGGUUCCUCCCCAGCUGCCGGCGGCUUCGGACAGUCGUCUGUAGGCGGACGCGACAGUGGGCUAGGUUCCAGCGUUGACAACUACGGCCGCGCUGGAUCUUCUCACUCCGGGGCUCCGGCUGGCCUCGGGGGCAGCAGCGGAUUUGGAGGCAUGCAUGACACCUUUGCACGUGGCUCGGCUUACCCAUCACAGGGUGGUCAGUCCUACAAUGGUCCGAAUGCGCCGGGAUCCAACACGGCUGCUGGAGCUGACGAUUUGAAGCCAUAUGGUGAGCCGAAGACUGCUGGCGGACCUAGCCCGUCUCUCGCUGCUGCGGCACGCCCGGGCUCCACUGCCAAUGCUACACCGGCUGGAUCUGGCCUUCCACCUCCCCAGUCGCAGCAAGGCAUGGGUGGCUACGGAGGUUACCCUAGUCAUCUCAGUCACGGUCUGCACGGCAACCAGACGGGAGGCAGCGGAUAUGGCCUAGGUGGUUCCGGCGGCCAAGGCCAAGGCUAUGGCAACACCCCGUACGGUGGUGGUUAUGGCGGCAACCAGAGCUUCGGCGGAAACCACUAUGGUGGCCGGCAAGGUCAGCAAGGUGGAGGAUGGGGCAAUAACUACCACUAG